CUUCAAAAUCCUAAUCUACCAAAAUUCUCCAUAUAUCCUUCACAUAUUCUUCUCUUCCCUUCCUUUCUCUCUCUACACUCCCAUGGAGUUGCUCUACCUACUCUACCUGGUUCCAACGUUGUACGCGUGUUUCCUCAUCUGGAAGAUGUUCGACGAGAAAAGGGACAGGGAGUGCUACAUCCUAAACUACCAAUGCUACAAGCCCCCCAACGACAGAAUGCUCGGCACCGAGUUCUGCGGCAAGCUCAUCAGACGCACCGAAAACCUGGGCCCCAGCGAGUACCGGUUCCUCCUCAAAGCCAUCGUCAGCUCCGGCAUCGGUGAACAAACGUACGCCCCAAGAAACAUCUUCGAGGGCCGCGAGGCUUCUCCCACACUGCGCGACGGCAUUGGAGAAAUGGAAGAAUUCUUCCACGACAGCAUCGGGAAACUCCUCGCAAAAUCCAACGUUUCCCCCUCCGAAAUCGACGUCCUGGUCGUCAACAUCUCCAUGCUCGCCACCGUCCCUUCCCUCUCCUCGCGAAUCAUCAACCACUACAAAAUGCGCCACGACGUUAAAGUCUACAACCUCGCCGGCAUGGGCUGCAGCGCUAGUCUCAUCUCAAUGGACAUAGUCAAAAGCAUUUUCAAGACGCAGCGUAACAAGCUCGCGCUGUUGAUCACUUCUGAGUCUCUGAGUCCAAAUUGGUACACAGGAAGCGACAGAUCCAUGAUUCUCGCCAACUGUCUCUUCCGUUCUGGUGGCUGCGCGAUUCUUUUGACGAACAAAAGAUCGUUGAAGGACAAAGCCAUGCUGAGGUUAAAGUGUUUGGUGAGAACGCAUCACGGUGCUAGAGAAGAAGCUUAUGGUUGCUGUAUCCAGCAGGAAGACGUUGAAGGAAGGCUUGGGUUUCAUCUUGGGAAGACUCUUCCCAAGGCUGCCACCCGAGCCUUCGUUGAUAAUCUUCGGGUCAUAGCACCUAAGAUAUUACCUAUCCGUGAGCUUCUGAGGUUUAUGUUCGCCUCCCUUGUUAAAAAAAUCAACAAGAAUACUAACGCUCCCAAGUCCGUCGCGAGCACCGGAGCGACGAAAUCUCCGUUGAACUUCCGAACCGGAGUCGACCAUUUCUGCCUUCACACCGGAGGAAAGGCGGUGAUCGACGGGAUCGGAAUGAGCUUGGAUCUGAGCGAGUACGACCUGGAACCGGCGAGGAUGACGCUGCACCGGUUCGGGAACACGUCGGCGAGUAGCUUGUGGUACGUGCUGUCGUACAUGGAAGCAAAGAAGAGGCUGAAGAAAGGGGACGCAGUGUUCAUGAUAAGCUUUGGUGCGGGCUUUAAAUGUAACAGCUGUUUGUGGGAGGUGAUGAAGGACUUGGGGGACGCCAAUGUGUGGGACGAUUGCAUUGAUGAGUACCCACCAGAGUCAUUGGCCAACCCCUUCAUGGAGACCUAUGGUUGGAUCAAUGAAGUUGAUGAUCCGUUCACUUACGAACAUCUUCCAGAAUUUCUCAAGUGAUUAUUGUUGAUGAUGUUGUGUAUUAGUAUGCAUGUUGGCCAGCUACAAAGGAAAAAAAAAUGAAUGCUAGCUAUACUUUGAUACUCUUCUUUAAAGAUGAUUAAUUAAAAUCUAUUAAAAAUUAUCAAUUUUGUUAAGUUUUACUUCUCAUUUAUAUAGAAAAAAUUAUUAAAUGAGAAAUAAAACUUGUUAAAAAUGAUAUUUUUUAAUAAAUUUUAAUUAAUCAUAAAAAAGAUAUUGUUAGUAUUUCUAAAAAAAAAAUUAAAAGGAAAGGGGCCUCUGAUUCUUUAGAUCUCUCUUUACAAGUGCAUUGAUGUAAUUGUGCAUUAAAUUUUUCUGUAAACUAAACACUUAUUAUUGUUGAACCCAGUCCUCUAGGGUUCAUUACCCAAUAAGGUGCAUGUGUGCUGCUUCUAGCCACACUGUCAAAAGGGUAGUAUUAUGGUUUUUUUUUUACCUUUGGUUUGCAUUAUAUUUGUUUAAAUUAAAUGUGUUAUAAUAACGAGUUUUCUUUUC